AUGGAGCAUGUUUCAACUACUAAAACUUUGCUUCAUGUUUUGAGAGAGCAAGGGUUUGAUAAUUUACUCAGUUGCGUGGAAGAAGUUUCAAAAAAGUAUGACAUUGAAAUACCUCAGAUGAAAGCUUGUUACAAAUCUAGUAGAAGUCGUUCUUGUCAACAAAAGGAUUUGAUUACAGUUAAACACCACUAUCAAUUUGAUGUAUUUGUUGCUGCAAUAGAUUUUCAAAUUGAAGAGCUCAAUAGUAGAUUCAAGGACGAGGCAGUCGAACUUCUUAAGCUCAGUGGUGCUUUGGAACCUAAAGACAACUUUAAACUUCUUAAUGUUGAUCACAUCUAUCAACUUGCUGAGAAAUUCUAUCAUCUAAAUUUUGAUGCACAAGAUUUGCACCACUUGAGAACACAAUUGGCUCACUAUGAGUUUGACAUGCCCGUCAAUGAAAGAUUUCAGAAUUUAUCAACUAUUUCUGAAUUAUGUCGAAGAUUAGUUGAGAUAAAUAAGUCAAAAACCUACAAUUUGAUCAAUAGGUUGAUUCGUCUUGUUUUAACUCUUCUCGUUUCUACAGCAACAACGGAACGAGCAUUUUCAACUAUGAAGCUCGUGAAAACAACUCUUCGUAACAAGAUGAAAGAAGAGUUUUUAACAGAUUCUAUGAUCGUCUAUAUUGAACGAGAGUUGUCUGAAAACAUUGAUAAUGAUACAAUAAUUAAAGAAUUUUAUUCUAAGAAGAAUAGAAGGGCACAACUUCAAUAA